UCCAGCGUGGUGCGGGAUACGGACCGCGACCGGCGAGGGCCUCGGAAACAUGCCAUCGGGAGAGCGCCUUUUGCGCCCCGCGCCGCUGCUCCUCUUCUUUGUCCUCCUCUGCACGGUGAAUGCGGUGCGUGGCCAGAAAGAGGAGGAGAAGGAGGAGGGACAGCGCAAGUGCCAGCUGCCCUGCGAUUGCCCCGCCGAGCCGCCCCGCUGCGCCCCCGGCGUAGCCACGAUCCUGGACGGAUGCUCCUGUUGCUUGACCUGCGCUCGGCAGCGAGGCGAGACCUGCUCGGAAAUGAUGCCCUGCGAGGAGAGCAGCGCCCUCUACUGUGACCGCGGGGCAGGGACCGCGCCGGGCUUGGGGGUCUGUAUGGAUCGGGAAGGGGACAACUGUGUGUUUGAUGGGAUUAUUUACCGGAGCGGUGAGACAUUCCAGCCAAACUGUAAAUACCAUUGUACAUGCAGAGAUGGGCAGAUCGGUUGCAUCCCUCGUUGUAAACUUGAUUUGCUGCUGCCGGGGCCCGAUUGCCCCUUCCCGAGAAAAAUCGAAGUCCCCAGGGAGUGCUGUGAGCAGUGGUCCUGUGACCCAAAAGAGGACGUUGAGGUGGGAGGAUUUGCAAUGGCAGUCUUGCCUUCAGCCUACAGACAAGAAGCCAUUCUUGGGAUUGAUGCUCCAGAUUCAAGUUCUAACUGUAUUGAGCAGACAACAGAAUGGAGUGCGUGCUCCACAACUUGCGGAAUGGGCGUCUCCACUCGGGUCACCAACAAGAACCCAACGUGUGAGAUGGUGAAACAGACCAGGCUCUGUGAAGUGCGGCCAUGUGAAAAGAGUCAGCUUCCAGAUAAGAAGGGAAAGAGGUGUGUCCGGACCAAGAAGUCUCCCACAGCUGUGCACCUGCAGUACAAGAACUGCACUAGCGUCCAGAUGUAUAAACCCCGUUAUUGCGGCAGCUGCAAUGAUGGACGAUGCUGCACGCCCCACACCACAAAAACCUUCCAUGUUGAUUUCCGUUGUCCUGAAGGUGACAUCAUCAAACAUCCAGUGAUGUCCAUCUCAACAUGCGUUUGUCAUAGCAACUGUCCUCAGGAUAAUAAUACUUUCUUUAGAAGGCUCAGCUGAACAAGAAUGGGAAAUUAAUGACUUCUAAAGGGAAACCACAUAAGGUAUUUAAAAAUGGCUUAUAGGGAAUUCAUCGUCUGAAGCAGCAACAUCCCACUGGGUAGUAUUGUUGUGUUUAGUUCAAGUCUUUGACGGAGGAACAUUGUAUUUU